AAUAAGGAUCUGCGGGGCCGCGUGGCGCAGCUGGAGGGAUCUCAGCGCAUCGGUCAGGACGCCGUCAUCUCCAAACUGCAGCAGCACCUGCAGGAGCUGGAGGAGAGGCUGCUGGGAGAGGAGAGAGAGAAGAGCGAGCUGCAGCAGCUGACCCGCAGACUGGAGCGCCGCAUGAAGGAGCUGACGCUGCAUCUGGAGGAGGAGAAGCUCUCGCUGCAGGACCAGAGAGAUCAGGUGACCAUCAUCUGUCCUGUACUACAGGAUCAGUGGUCCCUCCGAACAUCAGAGCCGCUCUUUCCCCUCCCAGACCCAAACAACUGCAAAUAAUGAGGCCCUUC